UGAGAUGAUCCGAUAGUAAUACGUCAAGAAGAAGUGCAAUGGUGGAAAGUAGCGUAGUAGUUAGGUCAGUCGAGUCGUUCGCGUUAAAGCGUAUGGCCGCCCUGUUUUCUCCAUGUGUAUGUAAUGCCAUCGUUUGCCCAAUUAUAAUAUCGAUGUGAAGCAUGAUGCCACUUGCUCCAAUAUCUUUAACACCAGUACCUCCCAGGACAAAAUUAAGAUUUUCUAUCGAAUCUUUAAUGGGUAAAGACAUUAACGAAGAAUCGAAUCAAACUGAUAGACCCACUACACCUCCUCCGGCUCACUCACAGAGACCUUUCGAAGAUAGGACGGGAGUUUAUGUGAAUCCCGAGAAUACCGGUGCUCGUUCUGGAUCAGGAUCCUAUCCAGCACGUUUAGAUUCCAGUCAAUUCCCUAGUGACUUUAUUCAUUACGAUCCGUGCACUCCUCAACUACAACCAGUAGGCCCUUAUUUACUUGGUAGAGAUACUUAUUCUCUCUAUCCUUGGUUACUAGCAAGACAUCAUAGAAUAUUCCCAUAUGGGACUUCAGGUCCAGAUGGAUCCAGUUUUCUGCUUCACCCGUUCAGAAAGCCAAAGAGGAUCAGGACCGCAUUUUCACCUUCUCAGUUAUUGAAAUUAGAACACGCAUUCGAAAAGAAUCACUACGUGGUAGGAGCCGAAAGAAAACAGUUGGCUCAGACUUUAAGCUUAACUGAAACGCAGGUUAAAGUGUGGUUUCAAAAUCGGAGGACCAAACAUAAACGUCAAAAACAAGAAGAACAAACAGGUCGACAGAGAUCCGAAGACGAACAAAAUGAAGAUAAACAAUCGGAUGACAAAAUGGACAAAAAUGACAUAGAUGACGAUACAGAAUCUGAAGGUGGGGAUGAUCAAUCGGCGGAAGAUCAUAGCUCUUGAUGUAAAAAUAUAAACUUUUUGAAUUUUCUUGCUCAAAAAAAGGAAAUAAAUAAUAAUUAUUAUAAUUAUAAUUGAUCUAAAAGAAUGCCGUCCUUACAUAACUGGAUAAUUGAUUCCAGUAUGCGAUCAAAAGUAAAAUAACUAUUAAAAUAGAAGUCCUUUAUAUAAAGAUAUAACUAAGUAAUGAUUCUACUCUUUCUAUUUUUGUUGCCAAAAGAAAUCGCAUUUUAAUCUGUUUUUUUCUUUUUUAAAUUAUGUAACUGGAAGUGUGCCAAAGUUAUAGUAAAAUUAUCAUCAUUAUUGGGAAUGUAAUUAAACAAAAAUAAGUGUUAAAAAUCCAUAAAGAAUUGUCAAGACUUCAGAAAAGAGUGUAAAAAAAAAUUCAAAAAUAUGUUAAAAUUUUAAAAUUUUGGGAAAAAUACAUAUGCAAAGAAGGGGAACUUUAGAGUAGACUUUUACUAAUUUUUUAAAGGCAAAAAAUUGACCAAAUUUUGGCAAUUUUUACUUAAACAAAAAAAUUGUUUAUAUUUUUCUCGUUUUAUUUAUUUUACUUAUGAAUUUUUGUAUUCCUUAAUUUCAAGCGGCUUCUAAGAAAAUUAUUAUAUAUAUAUAUAUUUACCGUGUUUAUUAUGUUAAAUAAAAUACGGUAAAAUACAGAAAAUAAGAUAUAUUUUUGUAAAUAUCUGUAAAGAAAAAAGAGAAAAUGAAGAAUUACAUUAACAUGUAAGUUAUUUGUUGACAUUAAAGAAACAAUACA